UGCCUGUGUCACUAAUAGAAGGCUGGAGAAGGAGGAUUCCCUUCAGGUCUCCAGGGCAACAGGCCAGGUGACCAAUCAACUCCUAGGCCUAGGCUCAUUGUUGGAGGUGUAAGUGUUGCUAUGACUACUGAAACCUUGGUGACUGAAAACAAAGUAGAGCCUGUUCAGUCUCCUAAGACUACAUCAAGCAAGUUUGUAGACAUGUCUGUGGAAAAGAUGGUAAAAGUAGAAGUAUGCAGAGUUGGAAAAGGGGCUGGUUUGGAUGCGUUUCCCUGGAUGAGGUUUCCAGAUCAAUUUACCAGAAAUGGACAGAUGUAACAGAAGGGUAGUAGCAGGAGUGGGAGAUGAUGUCUGGCACAUAGUAGGUGUUCAGAUAUUUGUUGCAUACUAACCACUGCAUGUUACCUUUGAUCCAUUCUGAAAGGAGUAGGACUUUCUCCCCACCUCCCCUAGGAAAUUGGCUACUCCCUGUCUCUAAAGGGAAAGGUCUAUGUGUCUCCCACUAUGAUAGGGUACUGAGUGAGGUACUGGAGAUCAAGGCAGAUCAACAGAACUCCCUUUUCUUGCAGAGUUUUCAAAGGGCCCCGGGACUUAAGAAGAUGGUGGACAGGUGGCGUAAUUCACACACUCACUGUCUGUGGCAGAUGACAUUAAGCCAGAGGAGAAACCCAUAUGCCAUCCUAAGGAUGCAGGACACUAUGGUGCAGGAGUUGGCACUGGCCAACAAGCAAUUACUGAUGGUCCGUCAAGCUGCCCUGCACCAGCUGUUUGAAAAGGAGCAUCAGCAGUACCAACAGGAACUAAAUCAGAUGGGCAAAGCUUUUUAUGUGGAGAGACUCUAAUGGCAUUUGAAACAUUGUCCUUCCAUUCUCACCAUACCUGCUAACCUAGAUUUCUUGAGCCCCACCACCUUCAGUUUCCUUCCCAAAACUCACCUGGAUCUAGUUAUGUGCCCAGGACUCAAGACAGUGCUCCAACUCUCACCUCUGGUGCCCCUGUCAACCCCCUGGUGCUAUAGGGGAAACAAUCUAUGAAACAAUGGUAAAAACAAGAGUGACGCCUUGUGGUCAGAAUGACAUAUGCAGUGUUGAUGUGAGUGGGGGGAGGGGAGGUAGAUAGAGGCACAAUGUGAGAAGCGAAUCCUGAUUUGGUUUAACAAAUAAAGCUAGUUCUUAAAGGUUCAAACCUGGACUACUGGCUCAUUCUUUCAGCCCUAAAUCUUGAUCUGUUUCAAAAGUGCUUAUUCACAGCUGCCAUAAUCUUAAUAGAGCUUUCUGGAUUUUGCUCACCACCUCUCUGAUCUCACUUCCACUGAUUUUUUCUAUAUACUUGGACAAAUAGCUCUGAAUAUGGCUAUUAAUCCACAGGUACUAUGGUGCUUGAUGUCAGUAGGCCUGGAUUUUAGGUUCUGACUUGGCAGUUAUUGUGAGACCUUGGACAAGUCUCUUUCAUCUGGAUUUCUGCCUGAAUUCCCACCUUGGCAAAAUAACGGGGUUCCAGACUCAAAUGCCUUCAGGAGUCCGGCAGUUAUAAGGGAAUAAGGGAUGGUGGGAUUUAUGGGGGACUGGAAAGAGCAUGUGAAAUCUAAAUGCAUUCAAAAUUCUUAAAAGUACUGAUUAAUCAUUUGCAUCUAUAGGCCAUAGAGAACUUUACUUAUAAAGAUCCGCUUUACAUACAAAUGACAUCUCAAGCCAGAGAGACUCCCACUCUGCAUCCAGUAACAGGUGCAGGAACACGCCCUCACUCUCUGAUGUAAUUGCCAUCGUACGUACUUUUCCCUGUUCCCUCACCUUGCCAUCUGCAUGCUCAUUGGUUACUCAUCCUUUCCACACUGAUGGUUUCCUGCCCUCAAACUCCAUGUGGCUCUGUCUGCACUGCAAAACUCGCACCUUUUCUUUCCCCCCUCCCCCAAGUCUGCCUCUGUCCUUCAAUAUGCAUUUUUCAUCUUAGCUCAGAGCUUCUCCUUCCUCCCUUCCCUACACACCCCACUGAUGAGGAGCACAGAGAAGCAGCAAGGUAUAAAGAGAAAAACACACACUAUGGAGUCAGGUGUGCGUUCAAAGUCUGACUUCACCUCUUAAUUGUGUCACCAUGUGUAAGUUACUUCUCUGAGCCUCAAUUUUCUCUUCUGAAAAUGGGGAUAAUACCCAUCUCAGAGGAACAUUAUGAAGAUUAAAUAAGA